AUGCGUAGACUUUCUGGUUAUCACAUCAUGAUAGUUUCGAAGUACCUCAAGACUAUUAACGACUUUAUUAACUUGGAGUUGGUAUGCAAAAAGUUUUGUGGUAAUAUGGAGAAGUUCCACUUCAACCCGAUUCCAUUAAAUUUCAAAACACUUGGAUACUUGCCAAACAUCGAGACACUUCACUUGUGGGAUGUAACGGAUGAGAAUUUUGGGAAUGGAUUUAUGAUAAACAAAAGAAAAAAUAGAGAAGGUAAAAAUAAAGGUGUUUUAAAAAGAGAAUUCUUUCGAAUCAUCGUGUGGUUCAAUGUUGACUUUGAAACUGUUGACAGAAACAAAAGUCGAAACAUCAAGUUUAAAAAUGUUACUUACACUCAAAAAAAUAGAGAGAAAUUUGGUAAUAACAUACCAUCAAGUGUGACAUUGAUUGGUGAAGGUUGUUUCAAUGGAUGCAGUAGUUUGAGCAGUGUUACAAUACCAUCAAGUGUAACAUCGAUUGGUGAUAGUUGUUUCCAAGGAUGUUGUUGUUUAAGCAGUAUUACAAUACCAUCAAGUGUAAAAUCAAUUGGUGGUGGUUGUUUCUAUGAGUGUAGUAGUUUGAGCAGUAUUACAAUACCAUCGAGUGUGACAUCAAUUGGUGCUGGUUGUUUCGGUUGGUGCAGUAGUUUAAGUAGUAUUAACAUACCAUCAAGUAUUAUAUCAAUUGGUAAUUGGUGUUUCAAUAGAUGCAGUAGUUUGACAAGUGUUACAAUCCCAUCAAGUGUGACAUCUAUUGGUAAUUUUUGUUUCUAUGAGUGCAGCAGUUUGAUCAGUGUUAACAUACCAUCGAGUGUGACAUCAAUUGGUAAUUUUUGUUUCAGUGAAUGCAGUAGUUUGAGUAGUGUUACAAUCCCAUCAAGUGUGAGGUCUAUUGGUCGUAGUUGUUUCCCAUUAAAUACAGUAGUUAAUCGAAAUUAA